AUGGUAGGUGUACGAUCGGGCUUAGCUAAAAAGCUCAAUGAAAAAAAGCCCGCAAUGGUUAGUACACAUUGUGUUAUCCAUCGGCAAGGUUUGGCUUCCAAAACAUUGCCACAGAAAUUACGCCAGGCUUUGGACUCGGCUAUAAGGAUAGUAAACUACAUGAAGGGCAGCGCUUUGAACAGUGAUUUACUUUACUUUGCGAGGAUCUCGAUUCUGAACACAAAGUUGUUCGCCUUCAUGAGCUGA